AUUCAAUCGUACUUUGAAACCAAUGACGGAAAGAAGUUAAUAAUACAGUGGGUAUAUACGAGUUCAUAUAGUAUAAUAUAUUCAAGAAAUAGUACGUGUAAGCCACACAAAGUAAAACUAUGGCGGCAUCCAUUCUGAUAGCCGGCAUAAUGUUGCUGUAUUUUAUUGUGAUCAUGCUACAAAAUGCUCACGUCGCAGCAGAUGAUAGCGGUACCACCGACCAGUUUUACUUCGUUAAAUCAUUUAAAUGUAUCAACAAUACAUGUGUCGUCAAAAAAUUGUCUUCAGUAGAAAAAGAGAACAGUGAAAUCGAUGGAUCUAUAGACGUUUGCCGUUUAACCUGUGGACGCUAUGGAUCACUUUGGCCCAAACCAACAGUCAAUACUAUAAUAAGAAAAUCUGUAGUCGAAUUUGGUCUUGAUAAUGUUAAAUUUGAUACAUCGAAGAUGGCUGACCAAUUAAGCAAAGAAUACAUGUCUGAAGCGUCUCAAGUUUUUAUAUCGUCAUUGAAAAAACUAUGCGUCCCAAAUUGUGUUUCCUAUGCAACUACUCCAAUUAUAUAUAUAUCUACAAGCGACCCAUUUGAUUAUAUCAAAUUGAUAACAAACGAAAGUUAUAAUUUGAAAAUAAAUACCGAUGGAGAUAGUAUACUUGUCAAUAUCGAAGCAAAGACCGUGUACGGAGCGAGAAAUGGAUUGGAAACUUUAAGACAACUUGUUGCUGCAUAUGGUUCUAGAGUACAUGGAAAAAAAUUGGUGAUGGCCAGCGAUGUUCAAAUAAGUGAUCGACCUAUAUACGCAUACCGUGGUUUUAUGCUGGAUACCGCCAGGCAUUAUUUCCCAAUAUCAACUAUUAAGCGACACAUCGAUGGUAUGGCUCAUUCCAAGCUAAAUGUAUUUCAUUGGCACGCCACCGAUUCUCAAAGUUUCCCGUUGGACUUACCUAAUGCACCAUUAAUGUCGAAAUAUGGUGCUUAUAGUCCCGACGAAAAGUAUACAUUCAAAGAAAUUAAAGAUCUUCUCAGAUAUGCAUUAGUCAGAGGAGUAAGAAUUAUUAUUGAGAUCGAUUCUCCGGCACACGCGGGUAAUGGUUGGCAAUGGGGUAAAGCCUCAGGUUAUGGCGACCUAGCUGUUUGUGUGGACAAAGAUCCUUGGAAAAAAUACUGUGUACAACCACCAUGUGGACAGCUCAAUCCAAUCAAUACUAACACAUAUAAAUGGUUGGGAAAAAUUUAUAAAGACUUGAUCAAUGUACUGCCAAAAGGAGAAGCGUUCCAUAUGGGUGGUGAUGAGGUUGCACUAAAUUGCUGGAAUACUACUACUGAAAUCAUUGAUUGGAUGAAAAAGAACAACCGAAGCUUAGACGAAGAAGGAUAUUUUGAUUUGUGGUCUCAAUUCCAUGCUUAUUCGUUAAAUGAAUACGAUAAAGAAGCUGGAAAUGAUAAAUCCGAUAUAAUCGUUUGGUCUAGUGGGUUAACUGAACCUAAAAUCAUAGAAAAGUAUCUCGACAAAAAAAGGUUUACUGUUGAAGUUUGGGAAGGAUCAAAUAUUCCAAUAGAACUUGUUAAAUUAGGUUAUAAAGUUAUAAUCGCUUUAAACGACGUUUACUAUUUGGAUCACGGUUUUUGGGGUUCUACUAACUAUCAUAAUUGGAAACUGAUUUACAACAAUGAAAUACCAAAAGUUGAUAAUCCAAAUCUUAUAUUAGGCGCAGAAACAUGUAUGUGGUCUGAAUAUGUCGAUGAUAAUGCUGUUGAUUCUAAAGUAUGGCCACGAGCUGCAGCUUUAGCUGAGCGACUGUGGUCAAACCCAAUAACAAACGCUUCGUCUGCUGAAUAUAGAUUUUUACAACAUCAUAAAAGACUGGUAACACUAGGUCUUAAAGCAGAUACAGUGACACCAGAAUGGUGUUACAUCCACGAAGGAGAGUGUGUUUUAGAAUAAUAAAAAAUUUGUGUUUUUUCAACAAAAAAAAGUUCAAAGCAAAUCAUUGGCAACCCGAUUUACAUAUCGUUUCGGCGUCGCAUGAUCUUGUAAGUGUGUAUGGCGUAAACGAUUAUAAGUGUGAGAAUAAGAGAAUCUUCUCCACUCUCCUUGUACCAAUAGAUAUAUGUACGUUAUUAAAUAUAAAAUUGUCAAUAAAAUAAACUCAAAAAAUUCA